AUGACUGAACUUCGCUUCGCUUCGUUCGUUGGGUCAGGAAGAGAAAAGAUUCGACCUGGUUCAGUCUCAAAGGAUCUCAUCGGGAAGCACUCUGUCCAGCAGCCCAUGUUCUACACUGGCUUAAUGGCUUGGUGGAUGUCUGAGAGAUCGUCAAAUGGCGACGUAUAUAAAGGUUCCUCACAAACUGAAUUGCUUUCUCGAGUUGCCGAAGCUGAGCUUGAAGAGCUUGUUCUCUCCACUCUUGCUGCUUUCUUUGCUAUUGCUUCUGUUGAAUGGUUGAGGGGUGAAUUGAAACUUCUACGACUAAGUGCUAUGGAAAUGGUUCUCCACACGGAAGACCUAUCCCCCCGCUCUACGAAAGAAAUGAACGAAUGGAAGACAGCCAGAGGAAUUCCGAACUGCCAUGCGGGGUUCUUAUACCAGCAUUCCCUUCAGGCCGAAUCGAAGACUGAAAGGAGAGUCUCAAUUGCAUGCUUGUUCGAGACUAAGGCUAGUGGCGUAAAAGCAGAAGAUGCUAUCCGGAGUAUUGGUAUGAAAAACUCCCAUCGUGUUGAAGCGGUGGGGUUUUCCGGGGGAAUUUUGAGACUUUGGAACUCUAAUGUAACAGUGAAAAUCCUGAAAAACGAUUGGCAAUUCGUACACUUUCAGGUUACUUUCAAUAAUAACCAAUCUAUCUUCAUGACAGCGGUUUAUGGCAGCCCAAGGUCUGCGCUUCGGCCCAAACUAGAGGAUAACCUCUCUUGUGUUGCAGAUGAUACUACAGGUCCUUGGUUACUGCUGGGCGAUUUUAACGCAAUCUUGGAAGCUCAAGAUAAGAUUGGAGGGCUUUAUGACUGA